UUCGAUAAAGAAGCCUGUCAGUUCGAAAUACAAAACUAUAACACAUGCAAAAGUUUUUGGGUGAGUCUACAUAAGAUGUUAUAGAAUAAUGCAUUCUGUUAAGGCUUAUAGAAGGAAAAAAGGCAUACACCCUAAUUUACCUCCGAUAGAGGAAAGAGAAAGCAUUAAACGAGAAUUUUUACCUGAAUACUUCCAUUAAGUCAAACGGUAGUUUUAGCACUUAGAUAAUACUGUAUAUAUAAGAAAUGGAAAAGAAAAUAAAAGUAAAUGAUUUUGUGUGGGCAAAAAUGACAGGAUUUCCUCCAUGGCCUUCGGUAGUAGUUGAACCUGGUUCCAAUGUACCAGAAAAAUCUAGUUCUGAAAUGCACUGGAUUUAUUUUUUUGGUUCCCAUAAUUACGCUUGGGUGGAAGAUAUUCAUUUAAAGCCAUAUAAAAGUUAUAAAGAAAAAUAUACAUCUUUAUACAAGACAGUAUCUUUUAAAGAAGCUGUAGCAGAAAUAGAAGAAAUAUCGGAUGAAUUACAAAAAGACCCAAAUUAUGUGUGGCCCAUGAAGUCAUUUGAAUGGAAAGAAAAGAUUACAUCAAAAAGAGUUAAAGAAUCUAGUGUAGGUAACCCAAAGAAGAAAUUGAAGCAAGCAUCGUAUCAUAUUAGAGAUGCUGAUUUGUCAACAUCACAGUUUAACUUGUCAUAUGAUAUCAGUACAAAUAACAUAACAACCUCAGAUUUAUCAUUUGGGGUGUUAGGCAUAGGAAUAAUCGGUAGUAGAAUUGUAAAGAACUUAAUAAGGUCAGGACAUAAAGUCAAUAUAUGGAACAGAACUACUAAAAAAUGCACCGAUCUUGAAAAACAGCUAGAAAUGAGUUCAGACGGAGUAGGACAGUUAAAAACAUUUCUUAAUCCUCGAGCGGUUAUGCAAAACUCCGAUAUCGUCCUAAAUUGUGUCUCUGAUUGUAGUGUGUCAAAGAAAAUUAUUCAGAACUAUUUUGGAAUCAACAACUCGUCUGAUAAAAUUUUGAAAGAAAAAGGAUUUGUGGAGAUAACAAGUAUUGAUCCAGAGACAUCAAAAGACAUAAGGGACAUGAUAGAAAUGAAAGGUGGAAGAUACUUAGAAGCACAAAUUCAAGGGAGUAAAAAAGAAGCAGCUGAAGGCAAAUUGGUUAUUCUUACGGCAGGAAACAGAUCCCUCUUUUUUGACUGCCAGUCCUGCUUUGAAGCGAUAGGAAAAUCUGCAUAUUUUUUAGGAGACGUUGGUUAUGCUACAAAAAUAAAUUUAAUCCUGCAGUUGAUAAAAGGCGUAUGUCUGGCGGGUUUAGCUGAAGGAUUUGCAUUGGCUGAAAGAUGUGGGAUUUCAUUUGACAGUGUUCUAAUGGUAUUUAAAGAUUCAAAUCUAGCCAGUGACUAUUUACUUGGAAAGGCUGACGUUAUUAGAAAUAAGAACUUCAACGAUGUGGAGCAGUCACUGCAAAACACGCAAAAAGAUAUGUAUCUCGGCCUCGAGUUAUCAAACAAAAUUGGACAACCCAUGGAACUAGCAUCCGUUGCUAACGAAAUUUUUAAACAUUGUCGAAGGUUCGACUUAAGUGAGAAGGAUGCUUCUUCUAUUUACAUGCGAACCAGGUUUUGAUCCUUUAUACCUCACACAAUGUUAUUUAUUACAUAUUCAUGUUUGUGUAAUUUUAAGUAAAUAGUUUUUUCUUGAAAAAAGGCGUGUUAAUUCCUUUAAGUACAUUUUAAGUGUUCUGUGUAAAAUUUAUUUUGAAACUAUAUUUUUUUACAAUUUUUUAUUUAUAAUUUCAGUCCCAUUUGUAAUGGUCUUUAAACUUGAAAUUUGUUUAGUUUCACAAUAAAUUUUUUUAGCUGUCGAAUAAUACACUGCUGCGAAAGUCGAAAUUAAUAUCUCAAGUUUUUUAUUUAAAACAAUCCAGUUUUGAUACAAAUGAUUGGAGCUUUGUUAGAUUAAGAAAAUAAAAUUCCUACAUGAAGAAAAUUAAAUUAAAUUACAUUGUUACUAAGUAACAAACAAUUAAAUAGGACAUGAAUAGGACAUUUUUUG